UCGUGGCAACAAUGUUUAAUGAUCUGAUAAAAAAAAAAAUUGGACAUUCUCAGUCUGCCCCUGCAGAUAUAAAGGAAAGAUAUGAGUUUGUACCAUUUUCCAAUUAGCUAGGAGUUUCAGAAGUGAACGAAGAUGUUGCGGCUUGCUAUUCAUCGAGUGAGGAAGUUGAACAAUUUGAGACCCCAGAUCUUCGCUUUGGGAAGUUACCAAUUCUCUACGGCUGCUGAGACCAGGAAGCUUAAUCCGCCGAGGGUUCCAAAUCUUAUUGGGGGCAGUUUUGUUGACUCAAAAUCAUCUACAUUCAUCGAUGUGAUAAACCCUGCAACACAAGAAGUUGUGUCACAACUUCCUUUGACAACAGAUGAAGAGUUUAAAGCUGCGGUAUCUGAAGCUAAAAAAGCUUUUCCAUCAUGGCGUAAUACUCCCAUCACAACUCGCCAACGUGUUAUGCUGAAACUCCAGGAGCUUAUACGCAGAGAUAUGGAUAAACUCGCUCUGAAUAUUACCACUGAACAAGGAAAGACAUUGAAGGAUGCACAAGGAGAUGUAUUCCGUGGCUUAGAGGUGGUGGAACAUGCUUGUGGGAUGGCAACUUUACAAAUGGGGGAGUAUGUUUCUAAUGUAUCACAUGGAAUUGAUACUUACAGCAUAAGAGAACCACUUGGUGUUUGUGCUGGGAUAUGCCCUUUCAACUUUCCUGCAAUGAUUCCCUUGUGGAUGUUCCCAGUGGCAGUUACUUGUGGGAAUACCUUUAUUCUAAAGCCGUCAGAAAAAGAUCCAGGGGCUGCUGUAAUGCUUGCAGAAUUAGCAUUGGAGGCCGGUCUUCCUGAGGGUGUCUUAAAUGUUGUUCAUGGAACUCAUGAUAUUGUAAAUGCUAUUUGUGAUGAUAAUGACAUUAAAGCUGUAUCUUUCGUUGGUUCAAAUGUUGCUGGAAUGCAUAUAUAUUCAAGAGCAUCUGCUAAAGGAAAACGUGUUCAAUCUAAUAUGGGAGCCAAAAAUCAUGCAAUUGUCAUGUCUGAUGCAAACGUUGAUGCUACUGUGAACGCUUUAGUUGCUGCUGGUUUUGGUGCUGCAGGACAAAGGUGCAUGGCUCUCAGCACAGUUGUUUUUGUUGGAGGAUCAAAACCAUGGGAAUCUAUAUUAGCAGAGCGUGCCAGUGCACUUAAAACAAGUGUUGGAACUGAUCCAAAUGCAGACCUUGGUCCAGUCAUCAGCAAACAGGCAAAGGAGCGCAUACACAAAUUAAUUCAAUCUGGUGUUGAAAGUGGGGCCAGACUGUUGCUUGAUGGAAGAAAUAUAGUGGUUCCAGGCUAUGAAUCUGGCAAUUUUAUUGGCCCAACCAUCUUAUCAGAUGUCAGUGCAAACAUGGAAUGCUACAAGGAGGAAAUUUUUGGCCCAGUUCUUCUUUCAUGGAGGUGUGCUGACAGUUUGGAAGAGGCCAUAAACAUUGUUAACAGAAACAAGUAUGGAAAUGGUGCUUCUAUAUUUACUACAUCUGGUGUUGCAGCAAGGAAGUUUCAGACUGAGAUUGAAGCUGGACAGGUGGGCAUCAAUGUUCCCAUUCCAGUUCCAUUGCCCUUUUUCUCAUUUACUGGCAACAAGGCAUCAUUUGCAGGAGAUCUCAAUUUCUAUGGGAAGGCUGGGGUUAACUUCUAUACUCAGAUUAAAACAGUGACUCAGCAAUGGAAGGAUUCUGCUGGUGGUAGCAGAAUUAACUUGGCAAUGCCAACCUCUCAAAAAUCUUCUUGAAACAUUGUAUAGUAGUAAAUUUGGAUCCCUGAAGUAUUUAUUACUUCAAUGAGUGAAAUAGAAGGAGAUAAAAUAGAAAAGAGGGUGAAAUCUACUUCCCCCCCCCUUCCUUCUCUCUCUACUUCAAGAAGGUGAAGCUUUUCAGAAGAUCCAAAUUUAUGAUGGAAGUUCUGCAUUGUGUUUUUCUUUUUUAAAAUUUCCUCUGUACCUAGGCUUGCUUUUUCCAAUGAAUAAAGAGACUCUUCCUGUUA